CCUGUGCUCCGGGUCUCUCCGUUUCCCUCCGUACACACGUCCCCCUUCUCUUUGGUACCCCAUGUCUAGUUCCUAGGCUACUUAGUUCCUCCUUCCGUAGUUGGGAUUCUUCUUGGCUCUUCCUUCGACAGCUCCCUUUUCCCUCCUUAAUUUUCCAUGGAAACGCAUUUUAAAAGAGCGAUCGACGACAGAAUGGCUCAGCGGCUUCUCCUGAGGAGGUUCCUGAUCUCAGUCAUUCCCAGGAAGCCACCUCAGGGUGGAUGGGCUUCCCUCACUUCUAGAACUCUGCAGACCCCAAAGUACAGUCCUGGUGGUCUGACAGGAACACCCAGCCCAGCCCGGACAUUACACACCACCAGAGUCUGUUCAACAACCUUUAACGUCCAGGAUGGACCUGACUUCCAAGACAGGGUUGUCAACAGUGAGACGCCGGUUGUUGUGGAUUUUCAUGCACAGUGGUGUGGCCCCUGUAAGAUCCUAGGACCACGGUUAGAAAAGAUGGUGGCCAAGCAGCAUGGGAAGGUGGUGAUGGCCAAGGUGGACAUUGACGACCACACGGACCUUGCCAUCGAGUACGAGGUAUCGGCUGUGCCUACAGUGCUGGCCAUCAAGAAUGGAGAUGUGGUGGACAAGUUUGUGGGCAUCAAGGACGAGGACCAGCUGGAAGCCUUCCUGAAGAAGCUGAUUGGCUGACAAGCAGGAAAGACUCCUGGCUGCCCUUGCUUCCUGAGCCUGUUUGGGGAGGAGCCUAGUAGAACUCCCAGCCCUGAGCAGUCAUCCUUCCUGCCCCACCCCUCUGUUUUGUCCCUGUGGGUCCGGCCUUUGGCAACAGACCUCCAAACCUAGAAGCCACCGGUGCUUCCGAGCCAGCCCUCGGCCAGGGUGGCCAGCAGACAAGCAUUGCCACCCCCGGUGUGGGCCAUCCUGUGCACCUCCUACUGAAUGCUCCUUCUAGGGCCCGCCACUCUUCCCCGAGAUGCUGGGAGAGCCUGGGCCAGCCUGUAGCCUGACUGCAGGCUCAGUCCCCAUCAACACGGUCCUCCGAUCUGAACCACCAGCCCCUCUCUUGCCUCUCACUGCCCUCUCCUGCCCCUGUUUGAAAAGCUGAACAAGCAAGAGUGAUGUGUAAUUCUCUCAUUUCUUGUAGGUCUGUAAUAAAGAACUUUAUGUGACCCCUCUACCUUUGCUGUGAAGAACAGAGCCCACCCCACACCCUGUAGCUGUCCCUUCCCUCCUUUGUCCCCUCCCUGGCUUAGCCGGGCCUUGGUUCUGGUUCCCUGAGCAGGAUGAGGAGCUGUGAACAAACAAGUCAGACCAAUAAAACCAGGUUUGCACUGCCA